CUACAAGAGGGAAUUUUAAACAAGGCCCUGAACAUGAAGAUUCUACAAGACUGCAAGACGUGUUCCCUGCGCCGCAUUCGCUGCGACCGUACUACCCCGCAUUGUCUGAAGUGCACGGGACGAGGACUGUCCUGUCCUGGAUACAAACGCCAGAUCCGAUGGGUCAACUCGAUUGCGAGCCGUGGCAAGUUCAAGGGCCUCCCAGCACCAACUCUUGAACCAGCCCCUAUUCGAUCUCCAGAAGCUGUCCCUAGCACAGUCCAAUCUCGCCCUCUUGCCCGUGACGAACUCGAUGAGCCAUCCCAAGAAGUGGUGAAUCAGUUGUUAGAAUAUUUCACACUGGAGCUUGCCCCGAAGAACGUAUGGGUGCACUCACCAGAGAAUGGGUACACGCGCCUCGUCGUUCGCCUGGCGCAUACACAGCCUGCCCUGCGGUAUGCUAUCAUUGGGCUAUCAGCUGCUUACCAAAGCUAUGCGUCGGCCAGCACAACGAGCGGCUUCUCGCAAAAGGCCCAUCUCAAGGCCAUCACAUUGAUCACUGAUCAGAUCCGAACCUUGACUAGCAUGGGAACCAAUGGAAAGCACACUCUACCUCCAGGGCACCAAGAAGCUACAGAUGCAGUGCUUGCGGCUACCCUCGUGGUGUGCAAUCACUCUCUCCUGGACUGUAGCACGGCUGAUGCAGUUUUCCACUUGAGAGCUACAAGAACUCUGAUAAAGUCUCACUUGACCAAAGGAGCUACUGAUAAUGAACUCUUCACCUUUAUUGCGAAUCAAGUCGCAAGUCUUGACAUAAUGGCAUGUACAACCCUUUUUGAUCCUGAUCUUGUCCGAGAUGUCGUUAUGCCCAGGCUAGAUGGUGGCUCAGUUCCGUUUGGCCAUUUUCUACUAGGCAUACAUAGGAUCACCACUGUCUCGACAUCGUCAAAUAUCGAAGGAACCCCUGGUGGUGACCCCGGGUUCCUCGAGGAGCUCGAAGAUGAAUUUGAACUCGCCAGAGCAGCUACAUAUAUGGCAGUCGGACGAACAUUGAAGCCUUCCAGAGACGCCCACCUCUCGGACACAACUCUUCUUAUUGAGGCCUUUCACCAAGCUGGGCUGAUAUAUGCUUGCAGACGACUUGGUAUUGGAAGCAUUAGGGGCUUUGAAGAACUUCACCGCUCUAAAUUAUUCAGGCUACUCGAAAAGGCCAUCGCUAGAGGAAGCUAUCUGCCAGGUCUAUCGUGGCCUAUCUUGAUGGCUGGGAUUUCUUGUCAUGGUCACCAUGAUAGGAUCCAACUUGUCCGUCAACUGUGUCACGAUCUGGUCAGGAGCUCUUCUUUCCAGUACUACUCUAAUAUUCUGCGCUUUCUCGAGGAGUUUUGGGAAAGUUCAGAUGAUGAUUGGAUUCUUGUGGCUCGAGCGUGGGAAAAUAGAAGCGAGCCUCUCUUAGCAAUGUGAGUUUUUGAUACCACUUAUUAAUGAAGGGGGGUUCUAUGUUACAUGUGGUCGCGUGGGAUUAUAUACUUGUGCUGCUUCUCGAAGAUUCUCUCCUCGUUCUCCCAAGCUUCCAUGUGGGUGGAUAUGUGCCAGUCUGUCUUGGUAGCAGUCAUUUCAGCUCGGCCGUCAAUUGCCAAAUGGAGAUCACCACGGCCAAACUCUUGACGAAAGACCUGCUCAGCGCGUGCCGACAGGGGAUCGUCCGGCUGAACGUGGCAGCUGACUUUGGUCGUUCCACCAAACCGCCAACCGUUGUCUUGAUUCUCAAAUAACCCUUCGUCGUUGUCAUAGACAAUGGUGACCUCGCCAGUUUCCAAGUCUCGGGUGAUGCUGGAUUUGGCCCCGGUCGGACGCAGUACAGCCGCCUUCAGCGGCGGACCAUUCACUGCUGGCUCAAAAGGUCUCAAUUGAUUGUCCAGCGGGUUAUCUUUCCGCAUUGGAAUCUCUAGUUGGCUUGAAGAGCAAUCGAUUGUCAAGGUUGGGGCCUCGGGUGACGGCCAAACAACAGGGAAGUAUGCAGAUGAUAGAGCAAGGCGAAGUCGGCUGCCUGCACUGAUUCGCUGGCCACAUUCGUUCAGCUGGAUUCUGACGGUAUAAAAACGGCCUGGCUGGAGGUCUUGCAGAUCGACGUGACUAUCUCGGUGGGUGAGGUUCAAUAGACCGUACGACAACUUUGUAACGCUGCCAUCAGCCAAGACUUCUGAUAGCACUGCUGCAAUAAAGGCCCAUCUUUUAUCACUGGCAACACGUAGAUCAAGGUUCGCAGGACCGAGGAUAUCCAAGGCUUGGGUGAGAGUUGGGCCGUCAAAUACCAAAG